AGAAAAGUUGACAAAGAGUUCAAAAAGCGCUAUAUUAUUAUACAGUCCUUAUUAAACUUUCUAACAUUUCCUUGAUUACCACGCGAAUUAAACGCGAAAGUGACGACAAUGCAUUCUCCUCGGGUAUCGUAGUGGUGCCUCCACCGUAGCAGCGAAUUCAAACCGUUAAGUAAUGGAGGGAGAUUUCAAAGUGGGGAGUUCACUUCGGUUGGACACUGUAGUCUCGUUUUACGAAGAGUAUUCCGAGCAUUCCACCACGAUCUCGUGCAAACCGUGGCGUCCUAUCUAUCAAAAGGAAAGAAACAAUUAUUAUUUUUUCUUUAAACGACAAGUGUUAAAGAAGAUUUAAUAUAACAUAGUAAUACCUUCGUAUUGUUAAAGAUCGCUUAGGAUGACAAUAUAAUCCGAUGUGAUUUGUCAGUAUUAUUAAUGGUGAAGUCUACCUCGUGCCAUAACGGGACCAAUCAAGCUAGAAGGAACAAAAGACGUUUUCGAUGAAUUUCAGAAUGACACGACAGCUAUUAUUGAUACGCCAGCUCUUACAAUCACAAAGCGACCUUCGAAGAAUUUUAUGUACAGGUGCAGUGACCUCGACGACAAAGGAAUGGACGGUCGAUCACGAUGCAACGAUUGAAGCGAAGCCAUAUGAAGACAUACCAGGACCAAAGCCGGUACCAAUUUUGGGAAAUACUUGGCGAUUAUUUCCAGUAAUCGGCCAAUACCAAAUAUCAGACGUGGCGAAAUUGUCACAGAUAUUCUACGAUGAGUACGGGAAGAUCGUUCGUUUGACUGGUUUAAUAGGUCGACCGGAUCUGUUGUUCGUUUACGACGCUGACGAGAUCGAGAAGAUUUAUAGACAGGAAGGACCGACUCCAUUUAGGCCAUCUAUGCCAUGUCUGGUGCAUUAUAAGAGCGUCGUGAGGAAAGAUUUUUUUGGAAGUCUUCCUGGUGUCGUUGGAGUACACGGUGAGCCAUGGAGAGAAUUUCGUACGAGAGUCCAGAAACCUGUUCUCCAACCGCAGACGGUGAGGAAAUACAUAACGCCUAUUGAGAUGGUUACAUCUGACUUCAUACAAAGAAUUCAGGAGAUUAAAGGAGAAGAUGACGAAUUGCCAGCAGACUUUGAUAACGAAAUACACAAAUGGGCUCUAGAAUGUAUAGGUCGCGUCGCCCUUGACGUGAGAUUAGGAUGCUUAUCAGGUAAUCUGACACCGGAUUCGGAGCCUCAAAAGAUUAUCGAUGCGGCCAAAUUUGCUUUGAGGAACGUAGCAGUGCUUGAAUUGAAAGCUCCUUACUGGAGAUACGUACCUACCCCUCUGUGGUCACGAUACGUACGAAACAUGGAUUACUUCAUCGAAGUAUGUAUGAAAUACAUCGAUGCAGCAAUGGAGAGACUGAAAACAAAAAAAUCUGUUGACGAGUUUGAUUUGUCUUUGGUGGAAAGAAUUUUAGCCAAAGAAAGUGACCCUAAAAUGGCUUAUAUUCUGGCCUUAGAUUUAAUUUUGGUUGGAAUAGAUACCAUUUCAAUGGCUGUUUGUUCAAUAUUGUAUCAACUGGCAACUAGACCGGAGGAACAGGAAAAAAUUUAUCAGGAACUUAUAGAAAUUCUUCCUGAUCCAUCUGUACCUCUUACUACGAGUCAUCUCGAUAAAGCUAUUUAUAUGAAAGCUUUUAUUCGUGAAGUUUUCCGAGUAUAUUCUACAGUGAUUGGAAAUGGUAGAACAUUACAAAAUAACACCACAAUUUGCGGCUAUAGAGUACCAAAGGGGGUGCAAGUCGUGUUCCCAACUGUGGUAACGGGAAAUAUGAAACAAUAUGUAACAGAUGCAAAAACGUUUAAGCCAAAGCGGUGGCUAAAAGAAUCUUCUAACGAAACUUUACACCCUUUUGCAUCAUUGCCUUAUGGUCAUGGCGCACGUAUGUGUCUAGGAAGAAGAUUUGCCGAUUUAGAAAUACAAGUUCUGCUUGCCAAACUGAUAAGAUCUUACAAAUUGGAAUACCAUCAUAAACCACUUAAAUACAAGGUUACAUUUAUGUACGCCCCCGAUGGUGAACUCAAAUUCAAAGUGCUUCAGAGAUAGUGAUCAUCUAGAACAAUAUCCUUUUGAUUUUACAGCAAUAAAGAUCCUUUGGGCGUGUACAUAGGAUUGAUGUAAUACUCCAAUUUCUCGUGAUGAUACUCUAUUUUGUAACGUUGCAAAAUCUGAAACAAAAAAUUACUAUAUAUUAACGCAAUAAAUUAUUAUUUUUGAUUAUAAUGCAAACAAA